CGUAGUUUCUUUCUUCUCUUUUCUUCUUCAUGUAUUUGUUGUUUUACAAUAGUAUUUAUACUCAUAUUAUUAUUAGCAGUUUAUUGUGGUGAUAACUGUCAAAAAGUUGUUUCUAGACUUCAACUUGAACGUAAUUUUAUUUUUUUUUAAUUAAAAUGAUCAAACAAGUAUUCAAAUCGUUUCCGGACAACAAACCAAUAUCGGCUUUAUGUAUAGUAGAAGACAUAGCGAAAUGCCCAGCGGGUUAUUUUCCGGUGAGUUUUUUUUAACAUUCCAAUGCCGAUUUUUAAGCCACAAAAUAGUAUUGAUGAUUUGUAAACUAUUAUACAGAUCAUUGGUUUGGGUUAUUAAAAUACCUUUGAAAAAAAAAAAAUAAAAGAGUUAAAGUAUACUGAUAAUCCGCUAUAAUUAUUCUUGUUUAAUAUGAAAAAAAAAAACAAACUCUCAUACCUUGCACGAUGGGUGAGCCACUGUUGUAGGUGAGAAGUUGGAAAGGUAUAGGGGAAAUUUAAAAUAUAUCUGUAACGAUACACAUUAAAUGUAUUGAUAACUUAAAACGAUUCUCAGCGGAGUUAUGGUUAUUCAUGUUUUGAAAGACCCUAAUAUUUACGAUUUGAAAAUUAUACAUUUUCCCUGGUUUUUCGUAUUUAUAAUGAAACCCCCUUAGAAAGUCAAAAAAUUACGUCCCUAAAGUAUCACCCCGGAAAAAUUUUCUUUCAGAAAAUAUGCUACACUUGAAAAACGAAGCAUCAUUUUUAAUUUCAUUUUCACAGAAAAAAAAAAAUUAAUAUUGUAAAACAAAUACAUUACUCCAUUUAGAUUUUAAAAUAUUUAUUGUUUUAUUAUAUAGGACUAUAACUUAUCCACCUUGUAUAUAUUUAAUAUAUUUUUUUGUUAUUAUACUAAUGAAUAGUGUAGUUAGGUUAGUUAUAUUUGUAUAUGUUUACCAAAUUAAAAUAAAUUGAUCCACCAUAAUAUAAUAUUUUAUUAUAUUAAUUAUUUGUUAACUGUAGGUAUCAAAAACACAUGAUCAAGAUUCGGAUGCUGAUUUAUAUAUGACGUCUUGGAAAGAAACUGUAUUUACUGGCCGAAAAUUAACACGAUAUUUAUGUUUAAGUAAAACAGAAGGAAUCUCAGAUUACAUUUUAGUAAAUAUAGAUAUUAUAAAUGAAAAAGAAGGUCCCCCUGAUGGUUAUUGUUUGAUCUCUAGAACCAUUGAUAGUGGUAUUCAUUGUAAAUAUUAUAAUUUUAAGAAAUAUUCUUAAAAUAUUUUUUUUAAUUUUAGAUCAAAAAGCUUGGCGAAAACGUCAAUUAUGUUACAAGUUAACUAGAAAAAGUCUUGCUUCACAUGCAAUAACUGACAUUAUACUAUUGAGUCGUUCAAAAAAAGCUCCAGAUGGCUUUAAUUUAGUUGGGUAAGACUUGUUGAAAUUAAAAUUCAUCAACUCAGUAACUUCACAAUAUAUUCUAUUGAAUAAUACUUAUUGAAAUUGUAAUUGAUUAAUUAGUGUUAGUACUGUUAAUUAUUUUUUAGGGAUUUAAAUGGUUUUACACUGUGCUAUAAAACUAGCCCUCAAUCUCCAGCCAAUGCACCAUUACCACCACUACCACCAUUGACUUAUAAGUAUGUUAUUUUAUUGUUAUACAUUUGUCUACAAUUUCAUUAUUUUACAUUUAUACAUAAUUAAUUAAUUUAAUAUUAUAGCUUGGCACCAUCACUGCCAACAGAAAGCACUCCAAACAAUAAUGGGUCCUUGAGCUCACAUCCUAGUUUAGAUUCAAGCGCUAAUUCAUUGUCGCAUGACUAUGAUAGACUUAUGUCAUUGAAACCAACACGGCCAGCACCAAAACUACCUCCAUCGUAUUCUUCUUCUAACUAUUCUACAUUAAAUUCUUAUCAAAGUAAAAUUAAUUUUAAAUUGACUAGAAAAUAUAUAUUUUAAAUUAUAAAAUUGUGUUUGAUUUAGGUUUAGAAGGUAUUCCAUUUAUAUUGAAUCAAAAUAUUGUUAUGGGAAAUAAUUCUGAUUUCAAGGUAAUGCAACUAAGUAUAAUAAAUUCAAAUAGUAAAAUAACAAAUAAAACAAUUAUAUUUUUAGGAUAUUCCAGAGAUUAAAGUAAAAACACUUGAAGAACUUGAUUUAGAGGUAUGCAUAAUUGUAUUAUUCAAUUUAUUUUUGGUUUUUAUAACUUAUAAAGGAAAAAUAGUUAGAUAUCGUAAUAUAUUAUUGCUUUGUAUUUUUUUUUCUGUUAUUUUGUAUAUAAAUAAUAUUGAUAUAUACAAUAAAAUAUUUGUAUACUGCCCUCUUAGGCAAAAACAUAGUAAAUCACUAAAAACAUUUUUGAAAAAAAAAUUAUUAUUAUAUUUUCCAUUUUCUAAACUUGAUAUUAUCUCAAUUUUUCCUAAUAAAUGCAAAAAAAUAAAAAUAGAUUCUGUAUUCUUAUACAUAUAUUAAAUUACGUUUAAUAUAAAAUAUAAUUUACUUUUAUAUUAUAUAAUAAUUAUAUACAUUGUAUAUGAUAUGAUAUUCAAAUUAUCAUUUUUUUAAUUAUGCAAUUUACAUUUAUUCAGUAAACACUAAACAAUUUAUACUUUUCAGUGUAUUAGAAUUUUUUAUUAAGUAUUAACAACUGACUAUUAGAGUAUUAGGUAUUAUUUAUUAUAUUGAAUUUGAUUGAUAUUAACAACAAAAUAUAAAUACUAAUAGACAUGUUUACAGCUUACUCAAGUAAACAUUUACUACUAACAGUAAAAGUUACUUAAUGUGUUUUAUUUAUGUAUAUUAAUUUAUGUGUUGCAGUAUAAUUACAAUUUUGAUCAAGAACGACAAGUAUAACUUGUUAUUUAUUAUUUUAUGAAAUAUAGACAUAUAAUUUAUAAACCUGCCUUGAAAGUUUUUAAUAUAAUAUAAUUUAAUGUGUGUUUUAUAUGGUACAUUUGGCAAUGUACACCGUUACAAGUAAUUUUUCAAAAUAAAUCCUAUUGUAUGUUAAGUAAUUCAAUUGUGUUUCCAUAAAAAUAAUUAUUUUAUUUAAAUUUGUAUAGAUUUUGUAAAAUAAAAAUGUCAAAAUAUAUAUUAGUGGUAUAUUAAAUUAUGAUUUCUUAGAUAAUUAAUGAUUGUUUAUUUAUGUUUUUUUUUUUAAUGAUAAAGUAAAAGAAGAACAUACAAGAUUACCUUUUAUAUUAUAGUUCUAAGUUUAGAUUUAUUUAUAUUUCAUAUACCUUAUGAACAAUUAAUUGAUUAUUUUAAAACUAAUUUUUUUUAAUUACAAAUUAAACAUAUCGAGAAAUUCUAUAAUACUUGAAAACACUGAAAUCUUAGGAGCUUAAAAUCAGUGGUGUGGUGUGAAACACUUGAAACUACUAAAAGACAUUCAAUUUUAUUGACAACUCGCCUAUUGAACAAAAUUACACGACUGUUUUUUAAAGAUUUUAAAAUUUAUUUCAAGUCCUUACCAAAAUAAGAUAUAAGACUAUGAUAUUAUCGAAUUUUAUUAAAAUAUAGUAGUUAUUUCUUAAUUGAUCAUAAUGGAAAUAAGUGUAGUUUUAACAUAUAGUUUAUUUUAGCUAUUCUAAUUUUUAAUUGUUUGAUUAUGUUAAUGUUUUUUUAAACUUUAAGCUUCCAGAUUUCACUACAUUAAUUAUACUAAUAUUUCUAUAGUAUAAUUAUAAUUUUAACUAUUUUGCCACCAAAUGAAUAAAUACAAAUAAUGCUAGUAUUAUAAUUUAUAUACACUUUUAAAACAAAUGCCAUAUAAACCAAAAAAUCAAUAAUUCCUAUUUUUAGUAAAACAAAUAAAUUUAUGUUGCAAUUAAUUCCUUAAUAAUUAAGUACCUAUUUAUUAAUGUUUUAUUUUUAAUAUAACACUAUAUAAACAUGUAUUUUUUAAUUACAUAUUUAAUUUAAUUUAAUAUUUUGUAAUUUUUAUUUAAUUAGUAUAAUUAGUAAAACUAUUGAGUAUUGGAUUCUACUUGUGUAAUUAUUAAUACAACUAUAUGUAGUACACUUAUGUACAUAUUUAACCAAUCAGUCCUGCUAUAGUACAUUUAUAAUAUAUAUUUUUUGCAAAAUAUUAUUUUGAUAGUUUUAUAAUUUAUUUGUUGCUUCAAAAUUAAAGAAGAAUUUUGAAAGUCAGUUGAUUAUUAUUUUAAAUUUAUAGAUUACGCAGAUCUUUGCUUAGUGAAUAUACAGGGUCUUUUAGAUAAUUCAGGUUUUGUUGAUUGAAACAAUUCCUAUUGUCUAAAAUUAGAAUUUUUUUCAUUAAUUAAAUUUUGAAACUUCAUUUGAUAUCACAAAACUUAUUUGUUAUUAUUGUAACAUAAUUUUACUGAAAACAUACAUUAAUACUUAUAAUAAGUUAUAAUACAUUUUAGUGAUCCUUCUUUAGUUUUAUUGAGAUAAUAUAUUUUAUUUUGGUAAUACAAAACAAUUAUAUUCAAAUGAAGCUAUAGAUAAAUUUAUAUAAAUUUGUUUUGAGUGACAUUAAUUUAAAAUUCUAAGUUAAAAUAAUUUGUAUAAAUGUUAAAAUGUUGCCAAAUAUAGAAUAUAAAUAAUAACUUUAAUAAUAUAAAUUUUUGUUCAAACUUUGUACUUAUAAUUUUCUAUAUUACACUUAUUAUUUUGAAUAGAACUAUACUUAUAUAAAGGAAAAAUUUAAAUUCAAAUAUUAUACCUAUCCUAUUUAAUAGUAUAAUGUGUAUUAUGUUAGCAUUGGGUGGGUUGCACUUGUGUAACUAAAAUCAUAACAAAAAAAAUAAAAUUGUGAUUAAGGUCUUAAAAUAAGUUAGAUGAAUUUAUAUAAUUCAAUUUGCAGACCAAGAAAAAAGUAAAUAUAACUACAAUUAAUAUGAUAAUUAAAAUUUAAAAUAAUAAUGCAACACUGACAACCUCAAUCUUUUAUGACAACCUAAAAUAAUUAUUUGCCUAAUGUGUAUAAAUAUUAACUUUGUAUUGUUUUUAAAUUUAUUAAUUUUGUAUUUAUACUUAAAAAAAAAAAUACUUAAUGAAAUUAUUAUAAUUAUUUUAACUAAAAGAUUUAAAAGAUUCAAUAAAUUGUAAAUUAUUUAGUUUUAAUACCUUAGGCUAGUUAGGAUUAAUUUUAUUAAUAUAAUUAUUGAGCAAAAUAGGCAAAUAAUUAAACAAAAUUAAUUAUGUCAUACUAAGAUUAAAUUAAAAAAUAUAUUUUUUUUCAUUUAAUUUUUAUAUUUAAAAUAUGUUUAUUUUUUUCAAAAUUGAAUUUAACAUUAUUGUAAAGACCAUUUUUUAUUACAUCUAUAUUGUAUUUAUUUCCAAUUGUUUAACUUUAUAUAUAAUUAUAUAAAUAUGAUAUAUUUAUAAGUAUAGAUAGAAAUAUUAAUUUAUAAAUUUCUCUAAAAGAAUCUAAUUAUUAAUUAAUUGGAUGAAAAAAAUUGGGUAUUGCCCAAGUACAUAUAAAACUUUAUAAUAAAUAUGUCAAUAGUUUUAUUAAUAGAAAUUGGUAAAAAUAUUAUGAGGGUAGUAAAUGUAUUUAAUGACUUUUAAAUUCUCCAUAUUUUUUACUCAUUUUUUCACAUAUAUAAUUUUAAAAAUAUAUUGAAUUUAUAUCUUUAUAAAUGUUUUUUUUUCUUUGUCAUUAUAAUUAUUCAAUUUAAAUUCCAUUAAUUUUGUAUUUUUAAUUAUUAUGUUGUUUCCGAAAAUAAAACCAUUUACUGCCUCUUAGAAUAUUUUUAAUAUGCCAUACUAGUUACAUUUAGAUAUCCAUAUUUGCUCAAUAAGAGACUUCAUAUAUAUGUUUAAGUAUGUUGUUUCAUUUAUGUGUC